AUGAUAAAAUUGUUAAUGCACAUACAAAUAAUCUACAUGGAGUUUGUUCCAGAAGGUGAAUCUUAUUCUAAAGUAGUACAAGACCUUAGAUCAUCCUGGACUGCACUAGCGGGUGAUUUCCUUCCUUUAGCAGUAGCAAAGAUGUUUCAAGUAAAUCUCACUAUAUUCACCACAAAAAAAGAUCAGCCAAUUAUAAACUUCUCCCCAAAUAUGGGAAUUCAAACCUCAUCUCCAAUAAAGGGUCAAUCUCCAGGAUACAAUCUAACAUAUCUAGCAGUACCAGGCCAUGGACAUUAUGAUUUAAGUGUGCCUUUUCAUGAGUCAACUGCAUCAUUCUCAAAGAAAAGUACCAAACCAAAAGAAAAACAACAUGUUUCACCAACAAAUGAAACGUUCAUGGAGAACCAAUCCGAGAAGAUAGAAGUUAUCCAAGAUGACAAGGAAAGUACCAAACCAACAGAAAAACAGCAUCUUUCACCAACAAAUGAA